ACUCGAGCUGUCAGUUUUUCACUAAUAGGAAGAACCUACGCUCGAAAACAUUCACGAAAGUACAAGGAUCGUUUUUUAUUUUAACCUUUAACACAUGGAUCGGGCGGUUUGAAGUGCGAAAUGAAAAUGCGUUUUACGUCUUAGUUUCUCGAAAUAUAUUCAGCCGACCGUGCGCAUUACCGUCCGAGAUAAAUCCUCAAUGAAAAUUGGCUAAAAUCGCUGCGACCGGAGGGCUGGAUCGAGGGAUAAGUUUUUCAGAAAAUCUGGCUAAUCCUCAAGGUUAACGUAACAAGUGAAAAAAAAAGGAUGGAGUCAAAUUGCAGUUGCAACGGCGACCAUUCGCACGACUGCGAAAUUGGGGUACAGUACACUUUGUAUCAGAAAAUAAAUAGAGAUGAUGUCGAGUGCCUCAAUGAACGCGAAGAUGGGUCUGGAGUGAUGGUCUUCAAACCAUGGGAAGAACGUCUCAACAGAGACAAGUUUGUAGAGAGCGACGACGACGACGAAUUGCUGUUCAAUAUACCAUUCACCGGCAAUGUGAAACUGAAGGGAAUAAUCGUAGUUGGCGGACCUGAUGGAUCGCAUCCACGUCAUAUGAAACUGUUUAAGAAUCGUCCGAAAAUGAGCUUCGACGAGGCUGCAACAGCGUGCGACCAGGAAUUCGAACUCGCUGACGACCAAAUUGGAGUGGUCGAAUAUCCAAUAAAGGUUGUAAAAUUUUCAUCGGUCCAUCAUCUGACUAUUUACUUUUCGGGUAAUGCUGCGAACGACCGUACGCGAAUAGACUACAUAGGAUUGAAAGGCGAAUGGAGCCCAGCCCAUCGCCAUGGAGUAACGAUUUGUACUUACGAGUCUCGUCCCCAGAUCAGCGAUCAUGAAACUAAUUUAAUGAACAAUGUCUCCCACGACAUUCAUUGAGGGGAAGAUAAAAAAUGAGCGAAGAGUUCAAUCGACCGGUUCUCUCAUAUUUUUUUAUAACUCCUUAAAUAAUUGAUGAAAGUGCUGAUAAUGCAUCGAGUUUUUGAUCAAAUGGAAUGCAACAUUAUGAUAAAAUUCUUAUAAUUUAUUGUAAUUAACAAAAUCAUUGAAAAAUAUAUUUUUUAUUGAUUUGCUAAA